AUGGCUUUCGGUGGACCUCCCCGAGGACGUGGUGGACCUCCUGGUCGUGGUGGACGUGGUGCCCCCCGUGGAGGUGGUGGCCGUGGUGGUCGAGGCGGUCUUGGAAUGGGUCGCGGUGGUCCCCGCGGCGGUGGCCGUGGUGGCCGUGGUGCUCCUCGUGGUGGACGUGGUGGUCGCGGUGCUCCCCGUGGUGGUGCUAAGGGUGCCCGUGGCGGUGCUAAGGUCGUUAUUGAGCCCCACCGUCACGCCGGUGUCUUCGUUGCCCGUGGCGGUAAGGAAGAUUUGCUCGUCACCAAGAACUUGACCCCCGGCGAGGCCGUCUACGGCGAGAAGCGCAUUUCCGUCGAGUCUCCUCCCCAGGAGGACGGUGCUGUGACCAAGACCGAAUACCGUGUCUGGAACCCCUUCCGUUCCAAGAUGGCUGCCGGUAUCCUGGGUGGUCUGGAUGAGAUCUACAUGAAGCCCGGCGCUAAGGUCCUGUAUCUGGGUUCCGCCAGCGGUACCUCCGUCAGUCACGUUGCUGAUAUCGUCGGACCGACUGGAAACGUCUACGCCGUUGAGUUCUCUCACCGUUCCGGUCGUGACCUGAUCGGCAUGGCCACCCACCGUACCAACGUCAUCCCCAUCGUUGACGAUGCUCGUCACCCUCUCCGCUACCGCAUGCUCGUACCCAUGGUGGACGUGAUCUUCGCCGAUGUUGCCCAGCCCGACCAGGCCCGUAUCGUGGGUCUGAACGCCCACCUGUUCCUCAAGAACGAGGGUGGUGUCAUCGUCAGUAUCAAGGCCAACUGUAUCGACAGUACGGCCAAGCCCGAGGUGGUGUUCGCUCGCGAAGUCCAGAAGAUGAGAGAUGAGAAGAUCAAGCCCAAGGAACAGUUGACUCUGGAGCCUUUCGAGCGUGACCACUGUAUAGUCGCUGGUCUUUACAAGCGUUCUGCAUAA